GCUAUGAUGCCAAAGAUGGCUCUAUCCCUUACAAUAUUUACUCUUAAUUUUUUUAAAUUGGAUGAUGCUGGAAGAUCACCAGCCGAAAGGCACAGCCAGUGGCCUCAACUGCCCAAUGAAAUGGUCAAAUGGAAAAAUGUCCUUGAUAACAAAUGGUAUGGACCGGAUCCCAUAUUAAUCAGAUCCAGGGGAGCUAUUUGUGGUUUUCCACAGGGUGAAGAUAAUCCACUUUGGGUUCCGACGCGAAUGACAAGAGCCAUGAAAGAUCAAGAUGAAUCCCAAGAUGAUCCUGUUAUUCUUACUCCUUAUGAUUGAGACAGGGAUAAGUAUACCUUUGUGGGCCAUAGUGAGAUCAUGACCAGUACCCUUACCAGUACAUUCCAAUUCCUCUACCUUGCCUUUGCUUUUGCAACUGAAUGUUUUUUGGAUGUGCCUUGUACACGACAAACUCCUCAAGAGCCACGGGUGUAUAAUAGUACGGGUUUUCAUUUAAAUUAUACACUAUGCUUUGUGCAUAAUGUGGAUAAACCUUUUACACCCUGUAUGUUUUUAAAGAAAAAGGUUGUCUCUAUUUGGGCAGAUCCCAUUAGCCAAAAUAAAAUGAGCUCUGGAGUGUUAUUUAAUGCUUUAACACAAGUAGUUCAAGGAGCACAAUCAGGCUCAAGUGAUGUUGGAAAUAAUGUAACUUCACCUAUAAACAUCACCACUAUUAUGAUAAAGGGAAAUGUGACUAUUCCCAAAAGAUCAUGAUGGCCUGUUGGCAAUGCUACUGCUAUACGCAGCAUGCCCUGGUGUCAUCCAGACCUUGCAUUUCCUAUAGUUUUUUCACCUUGUCAAUCAAAAAUUUUUCCUCAGAAAGAAAUAGCAAAGGGUUUUGUUUUGUCACCUCCAUUGGAUUUUGCCAUAAUGAAUGAUAAAGGAGAUGCUACAGGGAAAGAAAAUAUUUGGCCAUAUUACCAAUGGAUUUUAAGUAAUGAGGCAGGUGCUAGUACCAGAUUGUCAGCCUUUGCAUUGCUGACUGGAACCUUUCAUGAGAUAUUGAAUGUUUCUGCCACACUUUCCAAUACCUCUGCUCAUUUAGAUAAUGUGACAUCUAAUAGAGUUAUCAGAAAUAUGACUACUUCUCCAGUAGAAGUUUGUGUCAAUCCUCCAUUUUUCUUUAUAUUGGCUGAAUUUCAAAAUAAUACAGAAUGGUUAGAUUGUACAAAUGUCACUUGUUUUUUGAUGCAAUGCUGGAAUGGAACCAAUUUCUUAGCCUUAGUGGUACAUCAACCAACCUUUGUCCCUGUGCCUGUUGAGGCAGAUCCAGAGAAGUUCCCAAUUAUGAGUCUUGUGCAGCAAAAGAGAGAUUUUGGAAUCACAGCUGCCAUUGUUACUGCCAUUGUGGUGUCUGCAGCGUCAGCAAUUACCGCAGGAAUUGCUAUGGCCAAUCAAGUUAAUACUGCUGACACCAUAAAUCAGACUAAAUGCCAGAUGCCAACACGGUAUAAUUCAAGACUACACUUAUUCUUCAGAUGUCCUCACUGUCACAUGUGCGUUUUCAUGUUGGGCCUGGAAACACAGGCAUGUGUUUGUACAUACAAGUGGGAACCAGAGGAUCAACGUUGGUUGUCAUUCCACAGGUAAUUUCCAGGAAUCUUGCACUGGCCUGGAAGUCACCUAAUAGGCUAGGCUGGCCAGUGAGUGGAAGGAACCUGCCUGUCCCCACCUCAC